GUGCGCGCCCGCCUCGGGGCUCGCUCUGAGAGGACGCGGCGGCAGCGGACUCGGAGCCCUCGGCGCGCAGGCGGGCGGACCGGCCGAGCUGCGCGGGGCUGCGCGCCGCCCCUGCUCCGCCGCCAGGCCCCGCGCGGCUCCCGCGCCCGGCGCUCCCCUUUGUCCGCGGGCCGGAGCGGCGGCGGCAGCGGCGGUGUCCGAGCGGCGGUCGGAGCCUGCUGCGGCAGUUGAGGCGGCGGCGCCCCUGCGGCCGUGCGCCAGCGCCCCUCGCGCCGAGGCGAUGCCGGACCAGAUCUCCGUGUCGGAAUUCGUGGCCGAGACCCAUGAGGACUACAAGGCGCCCACGGCCUCCAGCUUCACCACCCGCACGGCGCAGUGCCGGAACACUGUGGCGGCCAUCGAGGAGGUGAGGCGGCCUGCGCGGCGGCUCCGGCCGCAGGCUUUGGAUGUGGACCGGAUGGUUCUUUACAAAAUGAAGAAAUCCGUGAAAGCAAUCAACAGCUCUGGGCUGGCUCACGUGGAAAAUGAAGAGCAAUACACCCAGGCUCUAGAGAAGUUUGGCGGCAACUGCGUAUGCAGAGAUGACCCAGAUUUAGGAAGUGCGUUCCUGAAGUUCUCCGUGUUUACAAAGGAGUUGACAGCACUUUUCAAAAACCUGAUUCAGAAUAUGAACAACAUAAUCUCCUUCCCUUUGGACAGUUUGCUGAAGGGGGACCUGAAAGGAGUGAAAGGGGAUCUGAAAAAGCCUUUUGAUAAAGCUUGGAAGGACUAUGAAACAAAAAUAACCAAGAUAGAAAAGGAGAAAAAGGAACACGCCAAGCUCCAUGGGAUGAUUCGGACUGAAAUAAGCGGAGCGGAAAUUGCCGAAGAGAUGGAAAAGGAGAGGCGCUUCUUCCAGCUACAGAUGUGCGAGUAUCUGCUGAAGGUCAACGAAAUCAAGAUUAAAAAGGGAGUAGAUUUACUUCAGAAUCUGAUCAAAUACUUUCAUGCCCAAUGCAAUUUUUUUCAGGAUGGACUCAAAGCCGUGGAAAGCCUCAAACCUUCCAUUGAAACGCUGUCUACGGAUCUUCACACGAUCAAACAGGCCCAGGAUGAAGAAAGAAGGCAGUUGAUACAGCUUCGAGAUAUUUUGAAAUCCGCAUUGCAGGUUGAACAGAAAGAGGACUCCCAAAUUCGUCAGAGCACAGCUUAUAGCUUACAUCAGCCUCAGGGAAACAAGGAACAUGGGACCGAGCGGAACGGCAGCCUCUACAAGAAGAGUGAUGGGAUCCGAAAAGUGUGGCAGAAAAGGAAAUGUUCAGUUAAAAAUGGUUUUCUGACCAUAUCCCAUGGUACCGCUAACCGGCCUCCUGCAAAGCUCAACCUGCUAACCUGCCAGGUGAAGACCAACCCUGAGGAGAAGAAGUGCUUUGACCUUAUUUCACAUGACAGAACUUACCACUUUCAAGCUGAAGAUGAACAGGAAUGUCAAAUAUGGAUGUCUGUGCUGCAAAAUAGCAAAGAAGAAGCUUUAAACAAUGCAUUUAAGGGGGAUGACAAUACUGGAGAAAAUAACAUCGUCCAAGAACUGACAAAGGAGAUCAUCUCAGAAGUGCAGAGGAUGACGGGCAAUGACGUCUGCUGUGACUGUGGGGCGCCAGAUCCUACAUGGCUUUCCACCAACCUGGGCAUCCUGACCUGCAUCGAGUGUUCCGGAAUCCACCGAGAGCUGGGGGUUCAUUAUUCCAGGAUGCAGUCCCUGACCUUAGAUGUACUGGGAACAUCUGAGCUGCUGCUCGCCAAGAAUAUUGGGAAUGCAGGCUUUAAUGAGAUCAUGGAAUGUUGCCUACCAGCUGAGGACUCUGUCAAACCCAACCCAGGCAGCGACAUGAAUGCAAGAAAGGACUACAUCACAGCCAAGUACAUCGAGAGGAGAUACGCAAGGAAGAAGCACGCGGAUAACGCGGCGAAGCUUCACAGCCUUUGCGAGGCCGUCAAAACGAGAGAUAUUUUUGGAUUGCUCCAAGCUUAUGCUGAUGGUGUGGAUCUUACGGAAAAAAUCCCACUGGCCAAUGGACAUGAGCCGGAUGAAACGGCCCUCCACCUUGCAGUCAGAUCCGUGGAUCGAACCUCUCUUCACAUUGUAGACUUUUUAGUUCAGAACAGUGGGAACCUGGAUAAACAGACAGGGAAAGGCAGCACAGCCCUGCACUACUGCUGCCUGACCGACAAUGCCGAGUGCCUCAAGUUGCUCCUUCGGGGGAAGGCCUCCAUCGAGAUAGCAAACGAGUCAGGAGAGACUCCGCUGGACAUUGCCAAGCGCCUCAAGCACGAGCACUGUGAGGAGCUGCUGACCCAAGCCUUAUCUGGAAGAUUUAAUUCUCAUGUUCACGUUGAAUAUGAAUGGCGACUACUCCACGAAGACCUGGAUGAAAGUGAUGACGACAUGGAUGAGAAAUUGCAGCCCAGUCCCAACCGGCGGGAAGACCGGCCCAUCAGCUUCUACCAGCUGGGCUCCAACCAGCUUCAGUCUAAUGCUGUAUCUUUGGCCAGAGAUGCUGCAAACCUUGCCAAAGACAAGCAGAGGGCUUUCAUGCCCAGCAUCCUACAGAAUGAGACUUACGGAGCCCUCCUGAGUGGCAGCCCACCUCCCACCCAGCCUGCAGCCCCCAGCACCACCAGCGCCCCCCCGCUUCCUCCACGGAAUGUUGGCAAAGUUCAGACAGCCUCCUCUGCUAACACCCUGUGGAAGACAAACUCUGUAAGUGUGGACGGUGGAAGCCGGCAGCGAUCUUCGUCAGAUCCGCCAGCUGUCCAUCCACCGCUGCCCCCUCUUCGCGUGACAUCUACCAAUCCCCUGACCCCCACGCCGCCCCCUCCCGUUGCCAAGACGCCCAGCGUAAUGGAAGCCUUGAGCCAGCCGAGCAAGCCUGCCCCGCCUGGGAUCUCGCAGAGCAGGCCCCCACCUCUGCCCCCACAGCCGCCCAGCCGCCUCCCGCAGAAGAAGCCUGCGCCGGGGGCUGACAAGUCCACCCCACUGACCAACAAAGGCCAACCGAGAGGACCUGUGGAUCUCUCUGCAACAGAAGCUCUGGGUCCUCUGUCCAAUGCUAUGGUCCUGCAGCCUCCUGCACCCAUGCCUAGGAAGUCGCAGGCAACCAAGUUGAAGCCUAAGCGGGUGAAAGCGCUCUAUAACUGUGUGGCUGACAACCCUGAUGAGCUCACCUUCUCCGAGGGGGAUGUGAUCAUCGUGGACGGGGAGGAGGACCAGGAGUGGUGGAUUGGCCACAUUGAUGGAGAUCCUGGUCGUAAAGGCGCAUUCCCGGUGUCAUUUGUGCACUUUAUCGCCGACUGAAUUGCUACUGAACAAAAGCAUUCACAGUUAUGUUCCUGUUUCGUUAUUGGUACCAAAACUCUUGCCAGAUAACCAGUUUCAUGAACUGUUUGUAUGGCAGCCCGUGUUCUCUAAUGCCACUGCUCUGUUUGAAAAACUCAGAGGCAAUUUUUACAUAUCAGUAAUUGUUUUUAUAAUUUGUGGUUUUCAUGAAACAUUGCUGUGCAUUUAUUAGGAAAAACUGAAUUUCCCAACAGGUGAACUGAAAAGUUAUUUUAACUAUUAUACAUAAUCAAGAUCCUGCCUCUACGGAAUUAGCUAAACCUAAAAAUGUUUGCAUUAAGUGUGUUGGAAAUAAAUUCUUCCUCAUUCCUUGGCCCAGUUCUGGAGUUGGUGACCUUUAGCACGAUUAGUAUUUUAGGCGGCCAGUCAGCUGCUGCUUCAGAAGUCCAUAGCCCAGCUCUGAACUUCCUCGACAAAAUGCCGUCAGUUCACCUUUAAAGACACAUAUUCCUUUGAAAUCCACCCAGUGUUUAAAAAGCAACUUGGAAAUUUACACAUUAGCAUUGUACUUUCUAGCCCUAAUUUGUGAGGUUGCAGCUAUCAUUAUAUUCUGCAUGUAUGUAUAACCUGUUAUGAACAAUCAUACUUAACAAAACUACUGAUGGUUUAUGACAACGUAGGGUAACUACCGUUCAUACCGUUCCAGGUUAUAUAAAACUGCAUUUCCUGAAUUUGGUUAAAAACUAAGGAUGAUGGAUUGCAAAACAGUUCUUUUAAAUUAGUUUAUAUGCUUUAGGUGUUUUGGAAUUUGCCUUCUUGAACUUCCUGAAUCACACAGAAAGCAACUGUACACAGUAGAACUCUGUGGCGCAGACCACGCUGUAUUAACGCAUCACUUGCUGUUUCCUACUGAGUGUACCGCUGCCUUCCCUUCUAGCCCAUGAGAAUGUUCACUCAGCUUAGUGUCUUGUAUUUAUAUAAUACUCCAGCAGGAAUGGUAGUCACACUGUCCAUCUGUUUAUCAUCAAGAACAUAUCAGAAAUAUAUAGGUCCCAGAUAAUACUCCCAAACAUCCCAGUUUUUACUAUUUAAGGCCAUCAUAUCAUUCUUAAGCUACUUGGGGUGGUAGUAGGGGGGAUUAGGUUGUCUAUUAUAAAACCAAAACUCAUUAGUUUAAUGAACUUGACUGUCAUACCUCUAUUUGGUAAUUGUGAGGGUAGGAUUCAUAGUAGGAAUAUUGGAAAUUUUGGCACUCUGAGAAUAAAUAGGCAUAUGAUACCCACUUGGACUUUUAACAAAAGUAAAGGAAUAAAUUUGAGUAUAGGCUUGGAAAGUGAGGCAGCAGUGCUGUUAACUGCAUUUGUCGUGAUGGUGCAUUUGAUUGAAGCAGCUUGUCUUUAUUAUGCAAGACUGUGUAGAGUUUUUUUUUUUUGGCAUUGUACUUUUUGUUGUUGUUAUAAAGGAAGACAGAACAAACUGGAAUGUUUUAUGAUGUUGUAUAGCAAUCGCUUUUUGCCUUUCAAAGUUCCGGGUAAAAAUGUGUUAGAUCUGUAGUUUUUUUUGUUUUUGUUUUUUUAAAGCACUACAUCUGUUUUCACUAAUUGUUAAUUUCUGUUGUUUGAACUCUUCAUUUAAUUUUCUCAUAGAUUUAAGUAAACAGAUGUAUUUUGCACAGUGCACUUAUGUCUAUUUUAACAAUCCUCCUGCAUCGGUAUUUUAUAGUCAGCCUUUUGACCACCUGGUGCCAGCUAUAUAAGGAAUAAAGUUGAUUGAUAUCAACAUUAGAACUCCAGUCCCAAACUAAUCUGUCAGGUUCACUGGUACAUAAAUACCUAGGAAAUAUUUUUCCAGUCUACAAUUUGGUGCUAUUGUGCAGUAACUAAUAGUACUCUUACCAGAGGAGAAAUUAUAUUAACGACCCUGCUAAUAUCCUUUCUUAGUUAUUUGCUCUUUGCAAAUUAAAAAAGCAACUGAGAGAAAGAAAAACAUUGUAGAUAUCUAUUUAUAUUUAAAGUUUAUGUUUCAUGAACUGCAGCUGAGGAUUCUGGCAUUUUGCAUGCCAUUCUGCAUCAGAUCUGGGAUGAUGGCUCAGAAUAUGUACACAGACUAAGAGUAACUGUGAUCUGUUAAGGGGUGGAUAACAAUAUGCAGCUUAGGAUGCUACUUUGAGAUGUAUGAUAUUCAGUUCAUUCACCUGAUUACUUUGGUUGCAGCACAACUGUAUAUAUUGUAUAACCGAAAUUGAUUAUUUUCAUUGUCCUUAAUGCAGUGAUUUAUAAUUAGAGCAUGUUUAAUAAGUUUACUCUUCUUGUUAACUAGUCAUUUGACUGGAAAAAAAUAAAAUACUUUUAAAUGGA